AUGAGGCCCUCGCAAUGCCUACAGGUCCAUGGCUCCUCGAAAUAUGGAAACCAGAGUGUUAAUCGAGAUGUGCCGGCUGGGUGGGCGCAAGGAGAAAUUUGCCAAACACUGGGUAGAGAGAGAUACUGUGUCUUUACUCUGCCCGAAUUUAGUGGAGGCGAUGGGGUUUCUAUUAUCACCACCAGGUCCCGGCUCUCUGAUCUCGCUUCGAAACAACCUUUUCAAAGCGGAAACCCGCCAGCCAACACGCACGUGCAAGCCGGGACAUCCACUAUCUAUAGACAGGCAGAGCUCCCCGAGAAAGGCAUUGGUCUCCUUGCUACCGCACCAAUACGUGCUGGGCAACGCAUCAUGUCACGUACGCCCGCCCUCAUAGUGGAUGGCAGACUGAUGCAAGGACUCGAGAGAAACCGGAUGUCUCAAUUGCUUGCGCAGGCCGUCCAGGAACUCCCAACCCCCCACAGGAAGCGAUUUCUAGAUCUUUCUACGCACUCAAGCGUCAGCACCUUUGCCGACAGGGUGUACCAGAUAUUCGCUGUUAAUAACUUCCGGACAAGUUUAAACGGGUGGGACUUUCAGUCCACGUUUACUGAAGUGUCACGGCUGAAUCAUGAUUGCCGUCCAAAUAGUGUCUACUACUUUGACCCGCAGACGUUUUCACAUAAGGUCAUGGCAGUCAGGAACAUAGUGCCCGGUGAAGAACUUACGAUAUCUUACAUUGAUGGAUUUCAGUCCCGAGCCGCCAGACAAGACCAGCUACUCAGGCACUGGGGGUUUAGUUGCUCUUGCCAUGUUUGCCAAAGCGAUGCGCAUAUUGCCGAAGAGUCUGAUAGUAGGGUUGCCCAGAUACUUGAGCUCUGGAAAGAACUUGAUGAUUAUUCGCCAUCGUCAAGUGCAACUCCGGAGAAAGCCGAGCUGCUUGUCGAGCUUUAUGGGCUCGAAGGUAUGGAAGGAAGAAUACAGGAAGCCUACUACAGAGCAGCGAUUGAGUUUAAUGCUCUUGGUCUGUCCAGCCAAGCUAUGAAGUAUGCGAGGCUGUGCUUGGAUAAGGGACUGGCAUUCAAAGGGCCUGGUCGGCCUUUCAUUGACAGUAUGAAAGAGCUGUUACGCGAUGCUGAGGCUCAUCACAGCUGGAAGUCUCGCAUCAGGGCACCGAUUUGA